GAGCCGGAGCGAGGGGGGAGCUACAGGGACUGGAUUUGGGGGAGGCGGAAUUUUAAUGUUGUUUUCUUUUUGUUUAAUGUUAUGGCUUUUAACCCGCAAAUACGUCUGUGAACAAUAAAAUCCUGCCAAACACGGUGACCCCACACGCACACCCCAGGCGGGAGGCAGAGGGGCGGGGGAUGGCGAGCCUGUGAGAAAAUGGAGGGACCCUCCGGCUCUGCAGAGGAAGGGGAGCUGCCCCUCCUCACUGUCAAGCACGAGCUGAAGAACGCAAAUUUGACAGGCCAUGCAGAGAAGGUGGGCAUUGAAAACUUCGAACUUUUGAAAGUUCUUGGAACAGGAGCUUAUGGAAAAGUAUUUCUAGUGAGGAAAAUAAGUGGCCAUGAUAAUGGAAAGCUGUAUGCUAUGAAAGUAUUGAAAAAAGCAACAAGAAUUCAAAAAAGCCAAACAGCAGAGCACACAAGGACGGAACGACAAGUACUGGAACAUAUUAGGCAAUCACCAUUUUUGGUCACAUUGCACUAUGCUUUCCAGACAGACACAAAACUUCAUCUCAUUUUAGAUUAUAUAAAUGGAGGAGCUUUUACUCACCUUUCUCAAAGAGAGAAAUUUACGGAAAAUGAGGUGCAGAUAUACAUUGGAGAAAUUGUACUGGCUCUUGAACACCUGCACAAGUUGGGGAUUAUAUAUCGAGAUAUAAAACUUGAGAAUAUUCUACUUGAUUCUAAUGGCCACGUUGUGCUGACAGACUUUGGUCUGAGUAAGGAGUUUCUUACAGAUGAAAAUGAGAGAGCAUAUUUUUGUGGAACUAUAGAAUACAUGGCUCCAGAUAUUGUCAGAGGAGGAGACACCGGACAUGACAAGGCUGUUGAUUGGUGGAGUCUUGGUGUUCUUAUGUAUGAGUUAUUAACUGGAGCAUCACCUUUUACAGUUGAUGGAGAGAAAAAUUCCCAGGCUGAGAUUUCUAGGAGAAUAUUAAAAAGUGAACCUCCAUAUCCCCAAGAAAUGAGUGCUUUAGCUAAAGAUGUAAUUCAGCGUCUUUUGAUGAAAGAUCCCAAGAAAAGGCUGGGCUGUGGUCCAGGUGGUGCUGAUGAAAUCAGACAACAUCCCUUCUUUCAGAAAAUAAACUGGGACGAUUUAGCUGCCAAAAAAAUACCAGCUCCGUUUAAACCAGUAAUCCGGGAUGAGUUGGAUGUUAGUAACUUUGCAGAGGAAUUUACGGAAAUGGAUCCCACAUACUCUCCUGCAGCCACACCACAGACUUCAGAGAGAAUAUUUCAGGGAUAUUCUUUUGUUGCUCCUUCUAUCUUGUUUAAACGCAAUGCAGCCACAGUAGAUCCUGUUCAGUUUCAUACGGGAUUUGAAAGACCUGGAGUUACAACUAUUGCCAGAAGUGCUAUGACGAAGGACUCUCCAUUUUAUCAUCACUAUGAACUGGAUCUGAAAGAGAAACCACUGGGAGAAGGAAGUUUUUCCAUCUGUCGAAAGUGUUUACACAAGAAAACUAGCCAAGAAUAUGCAGUAAAAAUAAUUAGCAAAAGAAUGGAAGCCAACACCCAGAGGGAAAUAACAGCUUUGAAACUCUGUGAAGGACACCCCAAUGUAGUGAAAUUGCAUGAAGUUUAUCAUGAUCAGCUUCACACAUUUCUAGUAAUGGAACUGCUGAAGGGAGGAGAAUUGCUUGAACGCAUUCAGAAAAAGAAACAUUUCAGUGAGACAGAAGCCAGUUAUAUCAUGCGCAAACUUGUUUCAGCUGUGAGCCACAUGCAUGAUGUAGGAGUCGUCCAUAGAGAUCUGAAACCUGAGAAUUUAUUGUUCACAGAUGAAAGUGAUAAUUCAGAAAUAAAAAUAAUUGAUUUUGGAUUUGCUCGGUUAAAACCACCUGAUAAUCAGCCUCUUAAGACUCCAUGUUUUACUCUUCAUUAUGCUGCUCCAGAGCUCUUGAAUCACAAUGGUUAUGAUGAAUCCUGUGAUCUCUGGAGUUUGGGGGUUAUUUUGUAUACAAUGCUGUCAGGACAGGUACCCUUCCAGUCUCAAGACAAAGGUUUAACAUGCAUCAGUGGAUUGGAAAUUAUGAAGAAAAUUAAAAAAGGAGAAUUCUCCUUUGAAAGAGAAGCCUGGAAGAAUGUAUCUCAAGAAGCCAAAGAUUUGAUACAAGGACUUCUUACAGUGGAUCCAAAUAAAAGAAUUAAAAUGUCCAGCUUGAGAUACAGUGAAUGGCUUCAAGAUGGGAGCCAGCUGUCAUCCAAUCCUCUAAUGACUCCUGAUAACUUAGGCUCUUCAGGAGCUGCUGUACAUACAUAUGUCAAAGCAACCUUUCAUGCCUUUAACAAGUACAAAAGGGAAGGAUUUUGCCUCCAGAAUGUUGACAAGGCACCUCUUGCUAAAAGAAGGAAGAUGAAAAAGACAAGUACAAGCACAGAGACACGUAGCAGUUCCAGUGAAAGUUCACAUUCUUCCUCCUCUCAUUCUCAUGGUAAAAUUACACCAACAAAAACCCUGCAGCCAACAAAUCCUGCAGAGAGCAAUAACCCAGAAACCAUAUUCCAGUUCUCUGAUUGAAAAGCAGAGAAAUAUCCUCUCUUGAACAAUUAAGAGGUGAUAAGUCUGGUAGUACUUGUCCCUCCUUGGAACAGAGGGAUUACAGGGAUAUGUUCAUUGCUUUGAACAACUUGUUUCAGUUCUGCCUUUUUAGCUUUUUGUUUCAAGACAUUUGGUUUUAGUCUUAGUUCAGAAUCACUGGAUGUGGUAUAAUAUUGUGAAUACAACCAACAUUGAACUCUCUUAGGGCUGGAUUGGUAUGCAGUCUAGUCCUGAGUAAGGGGUAAUCACAUUGUUGUUUUGUCCCUGGAAGAAGAGUGUUACUGAGAGGCAUAAUCUCCUUUCAGUUUCCCCACUGUUCCAGGGAGGGAAUAUGCUGUAAAAGUCAAUGUGUACUCCCUGAAAUGCUAUGUAACUAGGCACGUUGUGUGGAGUAGAGUCAAGAGUCCUCCUGCCCAUCUGCAUAAGGAGGGUCAUAGCAGCUCUGGUUCCCUCUGCACACAAGUAAUGGCAGUACAGUGCACUAAAGCAAGAGGCCAUCUUACAUCACUUCUAACCAGGGCCGGCGCUUCCAUUUAGGCGACCUAGGCGGUUGCCUAGGGCACCAGGAUUUGGGAGGGCGGCAUUU